UCCCCCUCCCACCACCCAAUCGCGCUCGCACGGAGGCGGCGCCGGCGCGGACGGACAUAUUCCAUUCACCUCCCAUCCAUUUCUCACCAGAAGCGAAGGCGGAGGCGGAGGAGCGGAGGUAGGAGAUCUCGAGCAAGCCGGAGGCAGAGGAGAUGAAGACGUUCGACCCGUGGCCGGUCUUCUUCCGCCGGGAGUGGAAGCGCAACUGGCCCUUCCUCACGGGUUUCGCCAUCACCGGAUUCAUCAUCACGAAGAUGACGGCCAACUUCACCGAGGAGGAUCUCAAGAACUCUAAGUUCGUCCAGGAACACAAGAAGAAGCACUGACGAACCAGGUGAAGGAGUUGUCAGAAACGCAUGUUUGGCCAGCCAGUUCUGUUAUGCUUUUGAAUGAAAAAUUUAGACCCUUCUUUCUCGUUUCCUUAAUCGAAAUGCUUGCACUCUAUGUUCCAUUUGUAAUGUAAUAAGAGGCAAAUGGAUUGAACCAACAACAAUCAACUUCUGAUUGAAAAAUAUCGAUGUGUGGCCUGAAUGUUGUGGGAUCGCAUCUAAUCCUGUCGAUUUGGUGAAGUGAAGAUUCUGCCAUAUUACUGCAGCUAUUUGAAA